AUGUCUCUUGACACGAAGCAAAGCACCGAUAUAGUUGAGAAUACCUCAGAGCCUCGAAGUGCCUUUGUAGGAAAGACAGAAAAGCCAGAACGAGUAGCCGUUGAUAAUUUCGCGGAAGUAGGCAAGCCUCCUGAUCCAUGGGGAAAGGGGGCGAAGAAGCUCUACAUGAUGUGCGCUCUGGUGUAUUUGUGUUCUACUAUGAACGGGUAUGAUGGAUCCUUGAUGGGUUCAAUCAAUGCAAUCCCGGAGUACCAAGCUUAUUACAACCUGGGAAGCAACGGUGCUGCUAGCACUGGCCUUGUUUUCUCCAUUUUUCAGAUCGGUCAGAUGGUCGGCGCACUGUUCUCCUGGACUUGCGACUGGCAAGGGAGAAAGGUUCCCAUUUUCGGCGGAUGUUUCGGCGUUGUCAUUGCCACUAUCAUUACUGCAGUUGCGCCAAAUCUUGCAACGUUUAUCGGUGGGAGAUUCCUCCUGAGCUUUUGCUCGACUAUUGCAACUGUCGCAGCACCUCUGUACUUGGUCGAAAUAUCUCCACCUCAAUAUCGAGCGACACUCGAUGGAGUUUACAACACGCUUUACUAUUUGGGUAGCAUUCUGGCGACCUUCACGAUCUAUGGCGCGAACUUACACAUCGGCGGUAAUCUGAAAUGGCGACUACCUCUUUGGCUUCAAAUGGUUUGCCCGGCAAUCGUCUGCCUUGGCGUGUAUUUCAUUCCCGAAUCACCUCGAUGGCUCAUCGGGAAAGGUCGAUAUGCAGAAGAAAGACUGAUCAUUGUCGAGUACCACGCGAAUGGUGAUGAAACUCAUCCACUAGUCAACCUCGAGCUAUACGAAAUGGAGCAGUCUCUUCAAGUCCAAGGCAUGACCUCUGCCCGCAAUUUUUUCGAUAUCCGUAUCUUGUUCAACACCUCCAACCGCCGAUAUCGACUCAUGUGCUGUGUGGCUAUGGCAUGGUUUGGGCAAUUCUCUGGUAACAACAUUGCCUCUUAUUAUCUCCCAAUCAUGAUUGCAAACGUCGGCAUCAAGGACACCAACAUGCAACUACUUCUCAACGCCAUAUAUGCCGUGACGGGAUGGAUUUCAGCAACGACCGGUGCUCGAUUCCACGACAUUGUUGGACGACGGAAGAUGCUCAUGGGAUCCUGUGCUGGUAUGGCCGUCUGUCUCGCUAUCGUUGCUGGCACAGCAGCCGCGUAUGAGCACAAUCACGAAGCUUUUGCCGCCAGUCGAGCCAGCAUCGCCUUCAUCUUUAUUUUCGGGGUCGUCUUUGCGUUCUCGUUCACUCCUAUGCAACCCAUCUAUCCCGCAGAAGUCCUCUCCAAUGAGAUGCGUGCCAAAGGCAUGGCAGUCUUUCAAUUGACAGCCGUCUGCGCGGGAUUUGUCAAUACCUUUGCCGCACCACUCGCUCUCCAAAACAUUAAAUAUUGGUUUUAUGUGUUCUUCGUGUUUUGGGACGUCUUCGAAUUUGUAUUCAUUUACUUCUUCGUUGAGACGAAAGGUCGUACCCUCGAAGAGCUAGACGAAGUGUUUGAUUCAAAGAAUCCAAGGAAGGCCAGUGCCGUCGCGCUGUCCGCAAGGACCGGUGCAUGA